AACACCUCCAUGGCAACACCGCAGAAAGAACUGUAGAACGGAAAAUUGAACACUGAAGACAAAAUGAAAAAUGUGAAUCGGGUUGAAACUACAUUACAAAGUGGGCUUUUAAAAAGCGACGUUUAAAAAGUCUCGAGUCUUUAAGCGCGGUUUUUGUAACUUAACCAGGAGAAGAAACAACAGCAUUUUUUCUGUCAUGCACUGGAGAUGAUCCACAUGCCUUUUGAUAUGGAUGGGCUGGAUGGUCAAGAUGAGUUUUGAUACUGAUGAUGCCAUGGACAUUUGGAACAAUUGUUCCGAACUGCACAAAGUGCUACAGAGAACAGGGACAAAUAACUCCAACUUAAACGCCACAAAUGUGACUGAGACCCAGGAAACAAUCCCUUUCACGCUUUCCAGGGCCGUGCCACUUGGCAUGGUCCUCGGCGCCUUCAUAGUAUUUGCUAUAGUUGGGAAUAUACUUGUUAUUCUGUCUGUUGUUUGUAACAGACAUUUGCGUAUCCCAACAAACUAUUUUAUCAUAAAUUUAGCUAUUGCUGACCUGUUGCUAGGCACUACCGUUCUGCCAGUGUCUGCCACUUUGGAGAUUCUUAACUCCUGGGUUUUCGGUAGAAUAUUUUGUGAUAUAUGGGCUGCGGUGGAUGUUUUAUGUUGCACCGCAUCCAUCAUGAGUUUAUGCGUAAUAUCCAUUGACCGUUACAUUGGAGUGCGUUACCCGCUGCAAUACCCAACCAUUGUAACGGAGAAACGAGCGAUUUUUGCCAUGCUUGGUGUGUGGGCUCUUGCUAUUGUAAUAUCCAUUGGACCUUUGCUGGGAUGGAAAGAACCUCCUUCAGAGGAUGACACCAUUUGCCCUAUUACUGAGGAGCCCUUUUAUGCCCUUUUUUCCUCUUUGGGUUCAUUUUACAUUCCAUUGGCGGUUAUCCUUGCCAUGUAUUGUCGCGUGUAUAUUGUUGCUAAACGGACCACUAAGAACUUAGAGGCAGGUGUAAUGAAAGAACGGAUGGACUCGAAUGAGCUUACACUUCGGAUUCACUAUAAAGGCUCCAACACACAAGACGACUGCAGUGGGACGUCUAAGGGUCAAUCCCGGAGCUCACUGACAGUGAAGCUAUUAAAAUUCUCUCGAGAGAAGAAAGCUGCUAAAACACUCGGAGUCGUGGUGGGCAUGUUUAUUUUAUGUUGGCUGCCAUUUUUCCUCGUAUUGCCAAUUGGCUCCUUCAAUGCCAGCCUGCGUCCGCCAGAGACCUUCUUUAAAGUGAUAUUCUGGCUGGGUUACUUCAACAGCUGCCUGAAUCCCAUCAUAUACCCUUGUUACAGCCGUGAGUUCAAGCAAGCCUUCAUCCGCAUCCUCAGAUGUCAAUGCCACCACAGAAGACCCCGCGGGCUGAGGGCGUACAACUACCGUUCCAACCUGGGCUCCUCCAACCACGCCUAUGUCGGCAUCCACUCAGCCUGUUUUAAUGGGAGUCAGCAAACCCUCACCUCCAUUCACCCCAGCCCUGCGUUCGUAACUAAGGCAGCCGUGUCCAAAACGGAGUCGGGCCAAUUACCAGGAUGGGGCCCAUGUUUGUCUUCCUCCUCCUCGUCCAUGUCUGGGAGCCCAUUCCCAGGUGACGUCCAGUCUGUUGCUGGAAAUAUCUCCCCAGCCAGUAGCAAACCGGGAAGAAUGGCUCUGCUGUUCCCUAGUGAAAAAACAACUCUGCCCACCAGUGAAUUGAAUUGCAGCAGAAAGUAAACAAAGAUAUGUUAUAUUGAUGGUACGGUUGAUGGGGGUGGUGAAAUAAAUUGGGAGAAUAAUAACAUAGAUAGUGGAUAUUGUUACUUAUGUUUUCAUAUUCCCAUGCAAGAAGUUUGUCUAAUUUCUAAUUUCUGGAAAUUAUGGAACAUAGCUAAAAGCAGUGGAAUAAUUUUCAUCUAAACAUGAGGACAGAACACGUUCUCCCCUCAGAUGCAGUUUAUAAAAUCACAGAAAUACUGUAUCUUAUAAAGAGGAAAGAAUAAUUUACAUAACACUUAAAUAUGAGUGGUAGCUAAAUAAAAUACUAAGGAGGAUUUAUUGGGUUUAUGUGGAUCCAGAUAUCUAUUUUAUGUGUUUGCUAUUUUUAAUAAUUUGGUCCAAAGUCAUCAUAGGCAACCAUGCUUGUUGGACCUAAUCAAAGUUUGCUAGGUUACAGGCUGCCUGUCACUGAACUAAUUUACUGGCCUGUCCUGUUAAAAGUCAGAUUUCCUAUAUGCAAUCUGAAAUAAGAAGAGUGGGAUGCUAUUACAUUACCUGGCAUGAACAUCAAACUUGUUUGCAUGAUUGUUACUUAAGAAAACUGUCAUCUAACUGGUCAAAGUUGAUGUUUGAUACACCUGAUAUUUUAUUCAUUCAGAAAGUUGGAGUGCAGACAGAAUGUGAAGAGCAACUUUUAAACUAUAAAUGUCUAUAUUCUUGUUUCACAAGAUGACCUGUGACACAACUCAAUGUUACGCCUUCAGAGAUGCAGGUUUAACACUGGUUAACACAGAAAAUAUGUUUGUGUAGAUAUAUGCAGAUACUUAUAGUGUAUCUCUACAUGAAGAGUGUGAACUAUGUCUGUUAUUUGAAUUAAUACAUUUGUGUCAAUAUGGUUGAUGUAAUGAUGGUUGUUGUUGCUGUAGUUGCUGACAGGGACAUGCCCACCCCAACCCCAUUAAAAUCACCAGCUUUAAUUUAGUCAUCCUAUAAAAGCCAUUAUUGUAGCCAGGGCUCGAAUUAUCUUUCUGUCUUUAAGGGGGUCUCUCUAUCUCAUAAAAGUUGGCACAUCCCGCGCAUAGCCUAAAGGCGAUACAUUAUAGGCGCGAGUGGCGCUUUUGCGCAGUAUGCGCAUAGGCCUAUGCUAUAACUUGACACACGCACACAACAGACAGAGAUUUUUCAUAGAAAUUGAUUCCUUUUAGUUAAUUUCAACAUAUUGAUUGCAAUAGUCCAUAUUUCAUUUCAUUUCAAUUUCACAACACAAAGAAAUAGUGAUGUAGUCGGAGUGCCAUUCUCAAUUUCACAACGUAACUCAUUUGAACCAGACCACCGUCUCAGAUAGGCUAUCCUCAGUGUCAAACAGAAUAAUGCAUUUAGUCUUUAACUUAUACAUAGGGAAAAUGCACUAACUGGCAGAAAUGAAUAAAGCCAUUGCAACCAAACUAUGUUCUAUAGGCUAAUGUACACAUUAAUGUAGGCUACACUGGGUGUUCAGUCGUCUCGUGUGUUGAACCGUGGAAAUAAAUAGACGAACAAUUUUGGA